UAUUUACAUUUUGGGCAUCCUGUGCCUCUACUCGGUACCAGUUUUACUUCAGCGCUGUUUUCAAAAUGGCGGACGAACUAAACGUAGAGACUCGGUGGAAAAUGCUUCAAAAACAAUGUUUCUAUUUCAAACUUCGAUAAAUUUAUAUAAAAUUAACAAUUAUGGAACACGAAGAGGACUGGGACGAGGAACAACUAGUCAUAGUUGAACUUGAUGGUCUUCUGGAGCAAGAAGUACUGUCCAAAGCAACAACAGAGCAUUGUAGACUGCUGGGUAUAGACACUGAUGAGCCAGUUCUUCAAAUUGGACCUUACACUUUUGUUGGUCAUUAUGAAGAUGUCAUUGGAACACAUUGUAUCUUUGAAGAAACAUUCAACAACAAUAAUGAGAAGAAAUUCCAGUUUAAAGCCAAAACCAACAAAUGUCUAAAGAUGGGUAGGGCUUUUCUGAGAGACAAAUCACAGGAGAGUUUUAUUUUAAAGGAGAUUGUUGGCAAGAAUUCUGAUGAAUCAUCAAGUUCUGACAGCUCCAGUAAUGAUGGUAAUGACAGUGAUGAUGACAAGGAUGGUGUCAAUAAUCAACAAGAUGAUACCCUUAGUAACAGUUGCCAAGGAAAUGUUAGCAACAUCCAACAAAUUAGCAAAAAAACCAACAAUCAGCAAGUUGGUAACCAUAGCAACACUGAAGAUGAUAGCAGUACUUUUAUAAGUCAACAAGAUAGUAGCAGUCAGCAAGACUGUAACCAUAGCAACAAUCAAGAAAAAAGUAUGGAAGUGGACUGACUUGUCAGUACUUGGAAUUGUUAAGUCAUGGAUGUCAUUGAUAUGUGUAUAAAGACUACAAAUUUCCUAAACUACAACUUUUGUAGUUGGCAAACCCAAAGUUGAAGGACUGUAGUGUAUAUAAAAAGCAUUAUUGCAUGCACAUAGAAGCUGUAUUUCCAUUAUUAUUGUCUAUAAAUGUGGUGUUUUGUGUUAAAGUAUGUUCAUUUGACACAACCAUAUUGGGCACAAUAAGAAUUAGUUCAUGUAUUUAUAGUAGCUCACAGCUUUGUAUGAUUGAAGUCUUCAGAGGACAAAAUGGCCAUCCUUUUCAAUAAACACUGUGGACAGCAUUAUCCCGUAAGCAAAUUUAUGCUGCAGCAUGCUUUUAGUGAGUUUGCAGUCUGUCAAUAAACAUGUUAUUAAUGCU